AUGUCGCUAGCUGCAAAAAUCGAUGAAAACGCUUAUACCAUCAAAAUCGUUGAUGCCGAUAUUGCCCUAUUAACUGAAACUUGGUUGCGUGAUACCGUUCCUGACAUUUCUAUUAAUAUCAAGCAUUACCAACUUAAUAGAAGAGACCGUGUCAACCGGCUUCAUGGAGGCGUAUGUAUGUACGUAAAAGAUUCAAUACAUUGUAAGAUCUUAGCAGAUCUAAGUCACAGUGAUCAUGAAGUUCUUUGGGCUAAUCUUCGACCAAAACGCUUACCACGUGGUAUCUCAAAUAUCAUAGUAGUUGUAGUAUAUCAACCCGGCGCCAGUAAAAUUCCAAAACGGGACCUAACCUCAUUACUCCAUCCAAACCUUGUCUGUGACAAGGAAUCUCUGGCUGAAAACAUCAAUUCGGCGUUUGUCAACAUAAUGAAUGAUUAUUUACCCCUGUCAGACUGUAUACGUGUAGAAAUGGCUGAUGAUCGACCAAUAUCUGUCACUGAACACACUGUCGCAAGAAAGCUUUUAGAGCUAAAUGCUUCUCGUACCAGUGGUCCCGACAACCUUCCUAACUGGGUAAUUAAAAAUUUUGCGUAUAUUCUAGCGGCCCCAAUUGCUGAUAUCCUAAAUACUUCGUUCUUGCAACGUAAAGUUCCUGACGCAUGGAAACUUGCCAAUUUCUGUCCUCUGCCUAAGGCAUCUUCUAUCUGCAACAUCAAUGAGGAUUUAAGACCAAUCUCUCUAACACCCACCCUCUCAAAA